AGCAGUCUGACUUAGAUAUGAAAUCUUUUUUUUUUUUUUUGGUACAAAAUGCCUUCUUUGAGCUGUGGCAGAGGAUGAUUUAUGAUAUUCUGCAUCCAUUAAGUGGUUACCUUGCUAAGUUGGAGGUGCACAGCCUGUUGCCUUUAGCUCUUCAUCUAACAACCGCUGAGGCCACUCCUUGUUUCAUUUCUUCCUGUAAAAACAUGCACGGCAUUACGGCAAUGACCACAUUUUUGUACGAGCAGGUAGCUCACUGAAAACCCAUUCCAUUUCCUGUGAAUACUUAAAGGUCAUCUGAUGUUUCUCCAUUUAAAACAAAUAAACAGGAAUACAACAUUAGUGAGCUUUAGAGGUGCUGGUACACAAAUUUUGUUACCUUAGGAUACAGCCAUGCUAGCUGUUUCCCCCUGUUUCCAGUCUCAUGCUAAGCUAGGCUAACCAUCUUUAUCAUAUUUAUCAUACUGAUGUGAGAGUGGUAUCAAUCAUCUCAUGGCACUCUCUGUAAGAGAGCAAAUAAGCAUAUUUCCCAAAGACUAUUUCUUUAAAAUAGACUAAAACAGGACCUGUCCUUUAGGUUUGCAAAGGAAUACAAGGAGGCAUAACAUGAAGAGUCCAUCAAGAGUUUGUAUGAAGGCGAACAAGUAAGGGUAUUUUUGUGUUUUAAGAUUUGUUUUAGACAGUGGUUCACAACCUUUUUCAUGUCAAGCAGUGGCGUCCCCAACAGGGGGCCAAGGAGGGCCCCUGAUACAAUCGCUACACCAUUUUGAAUACAGUCUUUUUUAAAAAAAAAAAAAAAAAAAUUAAAUGCACUACGUCGGUACAGCACUACGGGUUGAAGUUUUUUUUCCUUCAACAACAAAAGCAUGUGGUUAUGUUUUGCCAACACAUGCACGUGGUUGGGUUUAGGAGGAAAGAACAGAGCUUGGCUUUACAAUCUUACAGGAAGCCAACACCAGCCUCCACGUGAAAGUCUGUGGUUUUUGGACCCAUCCACCAUCCCUAACCCCCGCCCGCCCAGACAUCCGCCACCUUAACUUGCGUUGUUGUCCCGCCGUGUUUCCCCCUUACACUGUCAGUGGACCGGCUACAUAUCAUGCCAAUGUGAAAGGACGUUUUUUUUUUCGUCGGUGUCUGAUGCCAGAAGUCACUGCCCAAGUGCCGGAUUUCGACGACGACUUCGGAGUGAGACCGUGUUGAGUUGUCCCUUGAAGUAUAUGUUUCCUUAGCUCUCACAUCGACAUAGGUAUUAAGGUGCCUAUACAACAGCAUAAUAGAAUUCCCCCGCUUUUGGUUUUGGUGUGCCACCCCAAGAUUUUGAAAAAAUUCUAGGGGAGCCACUGAUAUCAAGGACACAAAACUGAUACGCAUGAGGUCACGGACCCCUAUUUGAUGGACCUCCAUCUGAAAAGAUUUUGGUUGUUAGAUAUUAUUAAGACCAGAAUUCUAUAGUUGUUAACUACAGCUGAGGAGCUAACUGUGGAGGAAGUGAAACCUGCGAUCAGAACAGUCACUCAUAUGACUCUUACCUACAUUAAGCUCAUCUAUAGAUAAUAAAAUAGUGAAACAAAUAUUCCCCAUUUAUCUGGAGACCCCCUAGAACUCCCCCAAGAACCCCCGGAGGUUCCUGGACCCCUGGCUGGUUUGAAGGUUGCCUUUUAGGGCCUAAUCUGGGUGUCAGGGGAAAGCAUACUGUUACUUCUCAUAAAUGAUGAAUGGUAGUAACACAAGGACAUUUUCUGAGACAACACUGAAUGUCAUAACGUAAAGGGAACAUGAACAGCAGUAAGAAGAGAAAAAAAAGCCGACUCUAAAAGGGGUUUCCACCCUAAUCUUUCACACUGUUUCUUGAAACUGAGGCUUGGAUAUCACCAGUCAGGGAAGCCACAAACCACAGCUUUUUUUUUUCUUUGCUCACAAACCUUUCCUACACGUCACUAGGCCUACAAGUUCUGAGACGAGAUGAUCUAGUUUUACAGAAACAGAACUUAUCAGCACAUGCUGAAUGAGUCUACACACAUGGAAACAACUGAUCAUUCAUUUUGAACGUAGAGAAAGGGGAAGAGCUCUCAACAGAAAGAAAAUAGACAGGACAUCAAAUGGAGUGAAACCAGCACUUUGAAGCACAGCCUGAGCAGCUCACCGACAGAAUGAGAAGAAAAUGGAAGCAGUGAGUUACGCCCCGAUGCAAGAACAAUCCAUCAAACCGCCGCAUCUGUGAGUCACCUAGCUUUGGAAACCAACCAUCCAGCUGGUUUGAGAUCUCCCAAAAAAAGGAAGAUUGAUGACAUCAUAAAUGGAGAGAAAUAAGGAAACCCUUCUGCUGUGUCUUCUUCUUUUGGCUUUUGUUCAUGUCUGCCCUAUCCAAAAUUGUCCGAGCGUACCAGAUAACGUUCACAGAGAUCUCACCUGCUACACUGACUACAAUCGUACCAUCACUUGUGUGUGGAACAGCGUGCCUGAUCGUCCAGACAGUGUGUGCACAAUUUACGCAGAAUGGAAAAGUCAAUAUAUCAGUUACAGCAAUUCAUGUGACCUGGAGCCUGUUGAUGCCUCCCGACCAACGCUAAGGAAGUGCUCAAUGAUGUUCAAAAGAGAUGGCGCUCUGAAAGCCAGCGACUUUGUAUUUCAGCGCUCUCAUAACAUCUCCAUUAAUCUGAGCUGUAAGCCUGGGACCCAAAGUUUGAACAUUUUCUUCAAGCCAGCUUGUCACAUAAAGCUGAAUCCUCCACCAAAACCAGCUAUCAACUCUACCACCGCUUCCUGGUUUCCUCAAAUUUUGCAGCAGCGAAGUAGUUCUUACUGCACCCAACUGCAGUGGACACAAGAGGAUCAGUCAUGGAGUGAUCCUAAGGAAUCAUGCAUACAGUGUAAAUGGGACUGCACAACAGAACUGAACCCUGAUCAGCUGAUAAAAGGCGAAAGGUAUAAGGCACGCGUUCGAGUAAAGGACAAUUCAAGAAACACCAAGUCAACCUGGAGUGACUGGGGCCCUACUACAUCAUGGGUAUCACCCAUCGGAAGACCAAAACCACAAACAUCAGAUCUUUCUGGUCUUUUGGGCAUCGUUGGCGGUGCGGCGGCAUUGGCUGUGUUUCUGGUUGUCUUACGAUACAAGACCGACAAAACCACCUGGGUUUACAUAGUUAAGCGAAUCAGAGGUCCGCCCCUUCCGAACCCAGAGAAAUUCUUCCAGCAGAAUGGAAAUUUCCUGAGCUGGUUGAGCCCUCACUUCAACAAUGAAUCCUUUCAAUCCAUCUUUAAACCAGUGGAAAUCGUCUCUGUAGAAGUGACCUCCAUUGUGGACGCUGUCACACCCUGCGGGCCAGAGGCAGCGCUGCUCGAAAAAAUGAGAAGUGAAAGCAGCCACUUGUCGACCAGUUCCAACUACUCCAACCCCAUCUACUCCUGUCCUCCUCCUCCUGUCACCUCGCUCACUGCGGGGAAUCUGCCGCCCUGUGACACUGAUACACCUUAUGGGCCUGUUGUUAGUCAAAGCGAAGGGAAAAAUGAACAACAGGAUAGGGAUGAAGAGAGAAGGAGAGAAGUGGAGACCCGCCAGUUGCUCUCCAAAUGUAGCAACAGCAGUGAGCUUAUGCCGGUGAUUUUAGACUAUGAGAAGGUUGAAAAGGUCCAGGUCGAGCGCUCCAGGCUCCAGAGUCUAGAUUCAGGCAUGUGCAGUGGUGAAGAGGUCAGUCAAGAGAGUCUGGAGGCAGAUAGCAUCACUAUGAGUGAUAGUCACGACGAGGAGCCUGAAGGUGAGGAGGAGAGGGAGGGAGGGAAUGAGAAAGAAACAGAUUUAAAGAAGUUGUUUGGGGGCGGUGGAGAUAUUUUUGGCAAAGGGUCCAUUCAGGUUUGUUCUGGUUACGAGCAAGUCCAGAAGCUGCAGGCUGACUGCCCCGAGCUCCCUAGCUUGGAUUCAGACAUUAGCAGUGGAGGUGAGGAGCAGGUGAGUCAGGAGGAGAGUCUGGAGGAUGCUGAUAAGUCCACUGAAUCUACCAGCCUCCUUCUUCCUCCUCCGUUUAGCACCUUACCGUGCUCCUUGCCCUCUUUCUCACCACUGCCUUUGAACUUCUCUGGGCCAGGUUUUAGUCCAGCUCUGCGACCUUUGUCAAGUCAUUUACUUGAGAGGAUUGCUCUACUGCCAACUAACAGGUCAGUAGAGCCCUCUAGUGAUGGAUACAUGCCGGUAAGACAGGAACAGAGCUGAGAACAAAAAGAAAUCUCUCCAACAGGCCUAAUAGAAAAUGCUGUACAACACAUCAUGACAGCCUGACUACUAGAGAGUAAGUCAGACAUGCUUGUUCACUGUUCGCAGUAGUAUGUAACAUUAAAAGGGCAUUUAUUCAACGCUCAAUGCCCGACUCUCAAAGACGGUACAAUAUAUGAAUGUAUUUUUGUUUCACACUGCUUUAUUUAGCAUAUUUCUCAUGUGUAUUUAUUAUUUGAGAAAACAAGAGGCUAAUAUUUUUCCAAUUAUGCUUUGGUUGUUUUUUAUACUAAAAAAAUUUGGAAAAAAAAUAUGUACUUUUGUGUUACUUAUUGUGACAGUUUGCAGGGAGAAAGAUGUAUGGGCAAUGUCUACUGUACCUGCUUGAAGGGUUUUUACACUGCUGUGUUGCUGGUGAGAUGGUAUAAUGUCUUCACAAUCAGCCAUUGUAAUACAAUAGCUCAAGAGACACUUUUUACUUGUUUAUUCAAGAUGGAUACAUGCAGAUUAUAUGGAAUGCUGGGUAACUUAAUAGAUUUUAUUUUUUUUAUUCAAAAAAUUACAAAUAUGUGGCUGCACCAAAGGCAUACUGUCCAUAAGUGUAGAUUGACUUAUCUCUAAAGCGCAUGAUGUGAAUUGAUUGUAACGAAUCUCAAAACCUGAGACCUUCCCCCAAAUUUCUCAAUUGCAUAUUACAGCCUGUGGACCAACUUCUAUGUAGAGGACAUGUGCCGAAUUUUUCACAGAAAAUGCAAAGGAUGUGAUAAAUAUCGAUCAGGAAAUCCCUCUCUGCCAGAAAGCCGUCUGGGACAAACUUCUCCCAGCAAUGUGACGCAUCUCUUUUCAGCUUCGCUACAGUGCUACAGUGUGCAGCCGUAACAUUAGCUAACGUUAGCUAAGAAAUGGAGUCCGCUAAUGUCAACAAACGACCGGCACCCACCACAACACAGAGUCCACACCAACUGGGUCUCAUUCCGAAGUGUUGGUCAGUGACUUUCGACACCAGACACCGAUAAAAAAGCUGUCCUUCCACAUCGUCAUGAUACGUGGUCAGCUACCGUUAUUGUUUAACAGUGCCCAAUAGCUAUGUUUCCAUCAGCCAUCAGCCUGUUUAGAUGCGCAUCUAGAAGUAUCGCAUCGGAAAAUU